UCUACCUUUUCUCACUAGAGAUCGCUGCAAUGAAAAUGAAAUGGCUGACGGUAACUCUGCUGUUCUGCGACGAAAUCGUCCUGGAACAAAAGCUGAAGACUGGAGCACCUGGAGCGAUGAAGCAUUUGAAGAAAUGGACAGCACACUAGCCGUGCAACAGUUUAUUCAGCAGGCUAUAAGGAAAGAUUUUAGUGACAUAGAGGAAAUUUUGACUCCCCCUGAGGGCAUAGAGGAGGGAGUGUGGAAAUAUGAACAUUUAAGGUAAGUAGUAUUUUUUUCACACCAGGUACAAGAUGUAGAGGUAGACAAAUAGAUUUAUUGAAACCAAUUUUGUACCCUUGAGGUCAUGCAAAUCAAGAGCAAUAUACAAAAGGAGAAAGUCAUAAUUGAUAGCAGCAACAUGUUGGCAUAAAAAGAGAAAAAAAACUGAUGACAGAAGAUUAUAGCAGUAGGGUAUUGUCUGUAAUAAUGUAAUUGUUUAUACGACAUAUGUACAUGUGAUUGAUAUACGUACAAAAAGAACAUGUUAGUACACAUAUACAGUCUAGAGAGUGUACACAAGCUUAGUUAUGAAAACAGCAAAAGGAUUUUCCACUCGCGUAUUUAAUGUAUUAAUGAUGUGUGAAAUGUGAUAAAUAUAAUGAUAUUCUUUAUUUUGUUAAUGUAUUAAUGAUGUGUGAAAUGUGAUAAAUAUAAUGAUAUUCUUUAUUUUGUUAAUGUAUUAAUGAUGUGUGAAAUGUGAUAAAUAUAAUGAUAUUCUUUAUUUUGUUAAUGUAUUAAUGAUGUGUGAAAUGUGAUAAAUAUAAUGAUAUUCUUUAUUUUCUUAAUGUAUUAAUGAUGUGUGAAAUGUGAUAAAUAUAAUGAUAUUCUUUAUUUUGUUAAUGUAUUAAUGAUGUGUGAAAUGUGAUAAAUAUAAUGAUAUUCUUUAUUUUGUUAAUGUAUUAAUGA